AUGUAUUCAGAUAAUUGUGGUUCUUAUAAUACAAAUAUCAGCUGGGCAAAAUUACCAGACUCAGACCCCCCAUUCCAGACUCAGUGCCCCCCAUUACCAGACCCAGACCCCCCAUUCCAGACUCAGUGCCCCCCAUUACCAGACCCAGACCCCCCAUUCCAGACUCAGACUCCCCAUUCCAGACUCAGUGCCCCCCAUUACCAGACCCAGACCCCCCAUUCCAGACUCAGUGCCCCCACACCAGACCCAGACCCCCAUUACCAGACCCAGACCCCCAUUCCAGACUCAGUGCCCCAUUCCCAGACUCAGACCCCAUUCCAGACUCAGUGCCCCCAUUACCAGACCCAGACCCCCAUUCCAGACUCAAUUGCCCUCCAUUCCAGACUCAGACCCCCAUUCCAGACUCAGUGCCCCCGGCCCAGACCCAGACCCCCCAUUACCAGACCCAGACCCCCAUUGCAGACCCAGACCCCCAUUCCAGACCAGACUCCCAUUCCAGACUCAGUGCCCUCCAUUCCCAGACUCAGUGCCCCCCAUUCAAGACUCAGUGCCCCCCAUUACCAGACCCAGACCCCCCAUUCCAGACUCUGA